AAACUUGAUCUUGAGAUUUAUAGGGACUUUCAUAACAUGGACCAGUCUAUAAGCACUUCAAGACUAAAGUUGAAUGUUUGCAAGGUCAGCUAGACACAACAACCGACACACUGUUCUAAAUGAAAACAGGUCAUACUCUAUAAAAAGGAUGGGUGAAACGGUGGAUUUUUCACAGGACACUGAUAGUAUAUAUAUAUAUUGAGUUUAUCCAUAGAAACAGAACAGUUAUUUACAUAUAUAAACAUUCGCCAUUGCAAAGUCAUGUUUGGUGGAGGAAAUAAUUUAGAAAAACAACUGUUUAAUUUAAGGUUUGCUGCAAAAAAUCUAGAAAGAAGUUCGAAAAAAUGUGAAAAAGAAGAAAAGGCAGAAAAAGCAAAAUUAAAAAAAGCUAUACAAAAAGGCAAUUUAGAAGGUGCAAGAAUAUAUGCUGAAAACUCCAUCAGACAAAAAAACCAAGCGUUACAUUUUUUAAAACUUAGCUCUCGAGUUGAUGCUGUGUCUCAAAGAGUUCAAACAGCAGUCACUAUGAAACAGGUUACCGGUUCCAUGUCAAGUGUUGUAAAGUCAAUGGAUUCUGCUUUGAAAUCAAUGGACUUGGAAAAGGUUUCGGCUAUGAUGGAUAAAUUCGAAAGACAAUUCGAACAGUUGGAUGUACAGACACAAGUGAUGGAUGAAACAAUGAGCGCAUCGACCACGCUGACCGUACCUCAAGGACAAGUUGAUAAUUUAUUACACGAAGUGGCUGAUGAGCAUGGACUUGAAUUGAAUAUGGAAAUGCCACAAAGUGAAGGUGGUGCUAUUGGUUCGGCUUCCGCCGCCACUAGCGCAUCACAAGAACAGGACGAAUUAUCGGCACGAUUAGCGAAGUUACGACAAUGAUCUCGUAAUUAUCGGUCUUACAUCAACAGCAUUUGUCCAUGUACAUGUGUAACGGAAACACAAAAUAUUCCUUGAACUUCUUGGUUGUUCGCACCCAUUAAAAAAAAUUGUAUAAUGUAUUUUUUAAAAAUUGUUGGUAUACUGUUAAGCAGUAAUCUAUUCUCUGCGUUUAGAAAGCACGCGGAAAUUAAAAGUUUUAUUUCUAAUAAUUUUUCAUAAUGUAAAUAGUUUUACACGUGACUAUGAAAUGAAUUAUGUCAAA